UCGCGCAAAGACGGAAUGUCUAAGGUGUACCACAGGAUAAAGAAGAGAAUCACAUACAAAAAGGAUAGAAUGGUGGAGAUGAUCGAUCUGAGAGCCUUGGACGAUGUGCACAGCGCGGCCCGAGAGGAAGCAGAAGAGGAACACGACCAGUCAAUAUCAGAAAAGUCUGACAGGGAAGAGAACGAGGCAACAAGUGACGACGGAGGUGACACUCAAACUUCCGACGGACAUUCUCGCGACACUCACGACGCUGAUGACCAGGACGACAGGAGCAGCGACGGCACAACGCCGGACGAGGGCGGUGACGGGGCAGGCAAAGACGACAGAAGCGCGGACGGAAGAGGGAGUUCCCCAUUUCCGGGAAGAACGCGACGCACGAGGGAACCCGAAAGUGGCGGCGAGGGAGGCGCAACCGACGCGCCCUCCAUUGACAGACAACUAGUGAGGCACGACAACGCAGUUAAAAAAGGUAAACAAAAUGUGCUGAAAUUG